AUGAGUGCGUUCCGGUCCAAGUUCCUGUAUCCUGCCAAGGUAAACUGGUUCCCGGGCCACAUGGCUCUUGCCAGGCGUCAAAUGGUGGCGCAGAUGGACGCUGUGGACGUGCUGAUCGAGGUUCGCGACGCUCGAAUCCCGUGGAGCUCAGCCAACCCCGUCCUGGAAGAAGCGUUCGGCAAGUCCAAGCCCCGACUCGUAGUUUUCAAUAAAAGCGACUUGGCCAACUCAAAUAUGCAGCAACGAGUUGAAAAACAGUGCAAAAAUCAGCUUGGAGAGGCCACUGACUGCCUCUUCACGUCCGUGACCAAAGGCAAACGGCUUCAAGCCAUCUUGCAAUGGUGCAACAAGCACAGCCAAGCGCAGUUCAAGAGUACAGCGGGAUCUAUGGUCAUGGUGGUCGGUAUCCCAAAUGUGGGCAAGAGCUCGCUUAUCAACGAGUUUCGGCGGCUCUCGAACUCUGGAAAACUGGCCAAAGGUCGAAGCAGAGCGACAGUGGGGCCGACACCCGGAGUCACCGUUCGCAACGACAUCAUCAAGGUGAACGACAAGCCGGCGGUGUAUGUGGUGGACACGCCUGGUGUCAUGCUGCCCAAUAUUCCGUCAUCGGAGACGGGUAUGAGACUGGCACUGACUGGAGCUAUCAAGGACGACGUAGUAGGCACUGAGUUGAUUGCAGACUACAUGUUGUUCUUGCUCAACCAAAUGAAGUCGACACGGUAUGUGGACACGCUGAAGCUUCCAGGACCAACAGACAACAUCGGUGAUCUCUUCAAGCUCGUGUACAAACGUUGCGGUGCAUUGGGAAAAGAACCGGACGUUCAAGACCGUCUGGCAGCGCAGUUCUUACUAGCAGAAUUCCGUCGAGGAGCUCUUGGCAACUUCACGUUGGAUCCUAUCGAUACACCAACUGAGGUCAUUAAACCCACAGCACCUUCAUCGUAA